AUGAGCAAGACCACUGCACCCAAGCCAAUUGCUCCGGCCGGCGGUUCCGCUUGGAGGCAUUACCAAUCCAAGGAAGUGCUGGGUGCAGCAGGAUCGGCUGGCCUCAUCGGUAUAUUCUCGCCGAGUUCGAAGCCCGGCGAACUCGUCGAUAACGAGCUUCUAGAAGCAGAGGCGACCGAGGCGAAAGCUCGGAGAUUCGCAGGGCUUACCUGGGACGUCGCUGGCGUUCCUCCUCCUGACUUUGUUAUUGACCCGGACGAGCCUGGGUCGGGCGCGCUCUGUCGUGCGCAGCUGUCUGUUUUCAGCAAAGGCAUCAAGGAGUAUGAGUACCUGAAGGAGGCCCGCCUCUAUGCGCCGUGGCGCAGCAGCGUGCUCGAAGCACGAAAGGAUGGAUGCGAGCUUAGGCGUGCAGCCUUUCGUUUCGCUAGAUCCGACCCGCUGCUCGCGGAGGUUCGACGGAAAUGCUUCGAGCUGGAAAACAAGCAGUGGAAUUUGGCAGAGCUGGCUUCCGACAGGGAUUGCGAGGAAGGGACCGAGAGGCAGCUUCCAGAGUUUAACGUCGGAAUCUUUGUCAAAAAGGAGUUCCAAACAGCUGCGGAGUGGUUUCACGAGAAGGACAAGAAACAGCUGGAUGAAGCUUUUCCGCCAGUUGGUCCAAACUGGGUGAAGACGCAGAUGGGAACACCCAUCCCGCAGCUGCCUGGCGUUUGGUACAUGCACGAGCGCCAGAACCAGGAGGGCAAGCACCAGCCUUGGCUCUUUUUCAAUGCAUCCCUCGGCCGGUACUUUCGGCAGCGAGGAGGCGAAGGUGGCAAGUGGGUCCAAACAGGAACGCCGCACCAUCCGGAGACUCAGCCAGUGCACAUCUCGAAUGGUUCGGCGUGCUUGCCAGCAGCAGGUGGUCGAAAAGACACCAUGGCAGUGCUGCUGCCCGAGCUCCAUCGAACUUGCCAUCUUCUCAAGCAGCCUCUCCUUUUCAUGGACCGGCCUGCGGCAAUGUUCCUACUGGUUGAUGGCCUUCGUGACUCCAGCGCUGCAGCAUUGUUCUGCGCGCAAAGAUUCCACACCUUCUUUCUGCCUCGGUUUAGCGCUCGUCAGGACGAGCCGGAAGAUUUCGAGUUGAUCGACAUGGUCCACCAGGCCAUCGAAGACUUGGACAAGUCCCUCUUAGAGAGCAAUGCGCGAUAUUCAGGCUGUGGCCUGGCAUUGCUCUUAGUCCUGGGGCAGCGGGUGCUGGUAGCCAACGUUGGAGGUUGUCGCGCAGUGAUGUGCACGCCGCCAAAGGCAGGCGACUCUCAGCCGCCGCAACCAGAAGUUUGGAAUGCUCGCUUGCUUGUUGGUGGUGGUCGCUCUGGUGGCCGAGCACUGGCCGAUGUAGAGAAAUUGGGGCGGCAUCGACGACUCAAGGAGUAUGCGCCGCUGGACUUUGAGGGAAAGUCAGGGGAUAGCCUCUCUGCGUUCAGUGCAACAGCUGAAGAGCUGGCAAAGCUUCCCAGCGAACGCGAGCGAGCCAUACGACGAGCAGCGCGAGCUGCUCACCAUUUUGCGGCUCUGGGCUUGACAGCUGCAGAGGCGAUGACUGCGACCCCUGCCACUGUGCAGAAGGCCGUAGAGGAGUUUGAGAAAGUGGUAGGUGCACCGGAUGGAGAUCCUCUUUGCACUGCUGCUCUCGGCAGAGUAAAGGCUGCAGGCAAGGCAGUCGAAGCCAUGCUCAGUCUGGACUCCUUCGGGACGCAUCAGCUUACAGAGCUUUGUUAUGUUAUGGAUGAUGAGGGUGGCAUAGUGUCGCAGAAGCGGGCAUCGACCAUCCUCGGGGUUGAGCCAGGGUGCGGAGAGGCCAUGGCCAACGCGCAAGUGGAAACGCGCUACCGUGCGGUUCUGACAAACCUGGCCGCGGCUUCACCAGAGGGUGCCGAUAGAGCCUGGGGCAUCAUGGGAGAGGUGGUGGAUGCUGCGGCCAGACCUGUGGUCCAGCUCUGGUCGCCUCCAUCAGAAAGCAGAGCAGUGAACACUGCUCGUGCUCUAGGCCUUCGGGACCUCAAGAGGCCGCGAAAACUGAUCGGCCUUGAAAUCGUUAGUGAGGUUAUCCAUGUGGAGGACGACAGCACUUGCUGCAUCAUGCUCCUGACAGAAGGGAUGUCGGAAGUUACCGAGGCUCAAAUUGCUGAGGCUGUCUCGGUGCACAAAGGCAAGCCAAAGGCAGCCUGUCUGCGUGUUGCUCAGGGUGCGUCGGCAUCCAAUAGGAAAAAAGAAAUGUCGACCGCGGAGCAGGCGAGAGCCGUCGGGGCAUUGGCAGCUUUUGUCGAUGUCAAUGACGACAUUCUCACCCAAGCAGCAGACCAGGCGCAAGCCGCCAAGCGACUGAAGACCGCAGAUGGGAGAAUCCUGCCAUCGGUUAAGCCACCGUCCAGGAUCCGAAUCGCACACAUCCUUCUAAAAUGCCAGCCAGCUAGUGGCAUUGCUCCGUCCGAUCCGCAGGCGCGAAGAGCUGCCCCAGCAGACCGGACACAGGCAGAUGCAGAAACACAGCUCCUGAAGCUGUUAGAGGUCCUGCACCAAGUCUACACCAGCGGUCCAGAAGCCGGCGCCAACAAGCGCCUGACGGCGAAGUUCGCAGAGCUCGCGAAGGAACAUUCUGACUGCAAGUCUGCGACGGCCGGAUCGUUGUCCGAUUUAGGAUGGAUCACGCAGGGCCAGCAGGGGAAGGAAUUCGAUGCGGCAGCAUUCGAGCUCCCAGUCGGCGGUCUCAGUGACAUCAUCGUCACUCAGCGGGGUGUCCAUGUGCUGCACCGCCUCGCGUAA